AGAUGGCGGCCCGCUGGAGUAGUGAGAAUGUUGUGGUGGAGUUUAGAGACGCACAGGCAACUGCGAUGUCAGUGGAUUGCUUGGGUCGUCAUGCUGUGUUGUCUGGGCGGCGGUUCUUAUAUGUAGUGAACUUGGAGAUGCCCUCCGAGGCUCCACGGAAAAUCGGGCGUCAGAGCAAAUGGGAUGUGGGGACUGUGCAGUGGAAUCCUCACAGAACAGAGGCGCAUUUAUUUGCUGCAUCGAGUAACCAGCGUGUGGACCUGUACGUGUGGCAGGAUGGGUGUGGAGAGGCUCACACAUCCUUGCUGGGUCAUACACGUGUCAUAAGUGACUUAGACUGGUCCUGGUUUGAACCUGAAUUCCUUGUCACAAGCUCUGUGGACACAUAUAUCUACAUAUGGGACACUAGAGACACUCGUAAACCCACCGUCGCCUUGUCUGCUGUGGCUGGGGCAUCCCAGGUGAAAUGGAACAGGCGAAAUCAGUACUGCUUGGCCUCCAGUCAUGAUGGCGACGUGAGAAUCUGGGAUAAAAGGAAACCCAACACUGCCGUGGAGUAUGUGGCUGCUCACCUUUCUAAAAUCCAUGGCCUGGACUGGCACCCUGACAAUGAAUAUAUUCUUGCAACCUCCAGUCAGGAUAACUCAGUGCGGUUCUGGGACUAUAGACAGCCUCGGAAGUACUUGAAUAUCCUGUCUUGCCAGGUCCCUGUGUGGAAAGCAAGAUAUACACCUUUCUCUAACGGGCUGGUGACAGUGAUGGUUCCCCAGCUCCGGCGGGAGAACAGCUUAUUGCUGUGGAGCACGCUGGACCUCAACAGCCCAGUUCAUGCCUUUGUGGGACAUGAUGAUGUAGUGCUAGAGUUUCAGUGGAGACCACAGAAAGAGGGUUCUAAAGACUGCCAGCUUGUCACAUGGUCCAGAGAUCAGACCCUGAGAAUCUGGAGGGUAGAUCCUCAGUUACAGAAGCUCUGUGCUAGUGAUAUUGUGGAGGAGCUGAUGGAUGGUCUGACUCUGGCCACAGACUCAGAGAAAACUCUCCGCUCACAGGACUCUGAAGCCCCGCUUAGCCCCAGUCUCAAUGCUGAUGAGUCCCAUGAUCAACAGGAAGGUGUGCAGUCCAGCCUCUCGACAAGCAGCAGGCAUGACGCGCCAGGCCUGCCCCAGACACUGCAGCAGGAGUUCUCUCUGGUCAACCUGCAGAUCCGUAACGUUAAUGUGGAGAUGGAUGCCGUUAACCGGAGCUGUUUUGUGUCAGCUCAUUGUGGAGCGAACCGUGUCCGGCUUGUGGUCAAGUUCCCAGCACAGUACCCCAACAACGCUGCACCAUCAUUCCAGUUUGUUUCCCCGACCACCAUUUCUUCUUCCAUGAAAACCAAAAUACAGAAGAUCCUGACCGACACAUCACUGCAGAAGGUGAAGAGAAACCAGAACUGCCUGGAGCCCUGUGUGAGGCAGCUGGUGUCCUGCUUGGAGUCAGAUAUAGUCAGUGCAUCAGAAGAUGGCACCAACCCUUACAUCCUCACAAACCCAGUAACCCCAGCUCUGCCUGCCUUCCCACGCGUCACAAACACCUACGGCUCUUACCAGGACGCCAACAUCCCUUUCCCCCGCACCUCCGGGGCUCGCUUCUGUGGCACAGGUUUUCUGGUGUAUUUCACACGGCCCAUGACGAUGCACCGCACUGCCCCCCCGACGGAGCCCACACCCAGGUCACUGUCCGCUCUUUCUGCAUACCACAGUGGGGUCAUGACCCCCAUGAAAAUGCGCUCAGAGUCCCAAGCCACGCUAAGACUUUACAGCGGCAGUCCUACACGCACAGACAAAGAGCAGGUUUCCAUCUCCUCCUUCUACUACAAGGAACGGAAAUCACGACGCUGGAAAGGCAAACGAGAGGGAACAGACUGCAGUAACAGACCAAUUAAACUGGCUGGCAAAGUUAUCAUUCAGGAGGUCUCUUGUCUGCUGCCCGUACACAAAGCCCUUGGGGAGACCUAUGUCCUUAAUGUAAACGACAUACAGGACACCUGUCAGAAGAAUGCAGCAGCAGCUCUGGCCAUUGGCCGUAGAGAUCUGGCCAAGGUGUGGGCCCUUGCCUCUGCUGCCACCAGCCUUGAUCUGAGCCCCGACUCUGAACCUGACGCUGACACUCCCUGGGCAAGACAUCCUUUUGGGAGACACUUGCUAGAGACACUGCUGGAUCACUACAGUCACAUGAGUGAUGUGCAGAGCUUGGCCAUGCUGUGUAGUGUAUUCAGAGGGCAGGGAAGCCCUCAUGAUUCCUUCACUCUGUAUGGACAUCAGAACCCGCGCUCUUCUGUUCUCGCCCUACACCACCUACGAUACCCCAGCUAUACCUCAAGCUCAGUCACAUCUGGCUCCUGCUCCAGCACCUCUGACUCCACCACCACUACUUGGAACAUGAUUGGGAGGGAUUCCGAACACAUUCCCCCCUGGGGGGAGUCCUCUCCAGAUGACUAUCGCUAUGGUAACCAGGUUUACACUGACCCAAGGGAACGAGAGAAAGAACAGCAUGACAUGAAUAAAAGAUUGCUGGAUCCAGCUAACACCUUGCAGUUUGAUGACUUUAAGAAGUGUUAUGGUGAGAUCCUUCACCGCUGGGGCUUGAAGGAGAAAAGAGCUGAAGUGCUUAAGUUUGUCUCUUGUCCCCCAGAGCCGCACAAGGGCAUAGAAUUUGGCGUGUAUUGCUGUCAUUGUCGCAGCCAAGCAAGGGGCACCCAGUGUGCCGUGUGCAAACGCUUCACCUUCCAGUGUGCGAUCUGCCAUGUGGCUGUGCGAGGCUCCUCCAACUUUUGCCUGAGCUGUGGACAUGGUGGCCACACCAGCCACAUGAUGGAAUGGUUCCGCUCACAAGAGGUGUGCCCUGCAGGCUGUGGCUGCCACUGCCUGCUGCAGAGCACUUUCUGA